GUGGGAGAAGUCCCAAUGGAUUGUUUAAGGGUUGCAGUCCAGCACGCAUCUGCAACAAGUCAAUUAGUCCACCUUGGCGGCCAAAAGCCACUUGACAAGUGUUUGAUAAAACAACACUUUAGCUACCGAUCUCUUCUGCUCUCUCUCCUUCGUUCCUCCUCGCAUUUCAACAACAUCUCUCUACGAAGCUUCUCUCGUCCCCAAAGAAUGCAAACGGACUCCUCCGCCGUCCCACCCAACCACGAUCACAGGAAGCAGGAACCAGAGAUCACCUUGAGGCCCUUCGACCUCUCCGACGUCGGCGCCUUCAUGACAUGGGCGUCGGACCCCCGCGUCACCCGCUUCCAGCGCCGCGGCCCGUGCACAAGCGAGGAGGACGCGCGGCGGUACCUGGCGGACCACGUCCUGCCGCACCCAUGGUACCGAGCCAUCUGCGUCGACGGCCGCCCCGUGGGCUCCAUCAACGCCAAGCCCGGCCAGGGCGAGGAGCGCUUCAAGGCCUCCGUCGCCUACCGCCUGGCCUACCAACAUUGGGGCCGCGGCAUAGCCACGGCUGCGCUCAGGGCGGCCGUUUCCUCUCUCCUCGAGGAGUGGCCGCACUUGGAGAGGCUGGAGGCGAUCGCCGAGGUGGAAAAUCCGGCGUCGCAGCGGGUGCUGGAGAAGGCCGGGUUUCUGAGAGAAGGGCUGCUGAGAAAGUACGUCAUGUUGCAUGGGAAGAGCAGAGAUGUGGUGAUGUAUAGUUUACUGGCUACCGGCCCAAACUCCGAUGACAUCUGACUGUGGAAAUGCUGUGUGUGGCAUUUGGUUUUUGUGCUUGCAGACGUAUCCUAAAUUUCUGGACUUUGGAUUUGAUCCCACAAA